GACCCCGUAGCUGCCAGAUUUGGAAAUAUCUCAAUCGUUUGGCUCUUAACUUGCCAUUUUAUGGAUUAUCCUGGCCGAGUCUGAUUUCUCUCAUGGUAUCAGAUGAAGAAUUUGGGGCACGAAAGAGUCGAUCAACAGUUAUAUUUAGAGUAGGUACCAACCCUAAACCAAGAAACUGCAGGUGGUUAACUUAAUUUCAUGAGUAGGGAUAGUUCAAUAUUUCUUUUCCAGGUAAAGAUCUAGGUAACGAUGAAAUCAAUAAAGCACAAACCGGAGCACAAGAAACCGUCGUCCCAAAAUCCCAUCGAGAUAGGAAUCAGGACAUGGUUCAAUUCUGUGUCACCAAAACCUCAAUCCCAACCACAACUCGACGAACUAAUCGCUCGAGCCCCAAAACGAUGGACGACAUAUGAACCGAUGGUAUUACUACCAUCCGGCUCCUUCACCACCGCACCCUGGAAGGCCCUGCUAUCAAAUCUAUCCGCCGAGCGGACAUCCGCACUAUGGACCCAAAUCCUCUCCUCCAUCUCCAAGAAAUCCAGCGGAGAUCUAACCCACCUCGCCAUCAACGAAGGGAUCCCCGCAGCCCUCCACCCCACCAACACGGAGCAAGCCGGAGCGCCAGAAAACAUCCUGCGCAGCCCAACCGGUCUCCGGACCCUCCACGGGGACUUCGGCCCCGCCUCCGCCUGCGGCACAGCCGCUGAUUUCACCAACGCGUUCUGGGUCUCGACGAGGCAGAACGGGGUAUUCCAGACGUGGGCGCCGCGGUGGACGAUGUUCAGCCGGGGCAACAUCAAGGAAAAAGCGCGGCUGCUCGAAUUCCACAAAGCCCGGUCCUUGUCCCUAAACACUGGAACAACAGUGUUAAGUGAUGAUGUCUUAGCAGUAGAUCUGUACGCCGGAAUCGGGUAUUUCACGUUCUCGUACGCGAAGCUCGGGAUGCGGGUUUUGUGCUGGGAGUUGAAUCCGUGGAGCGUGGAGGGUUUGCGGCGCGGCGCGGAGGGGAAUGGGUGGUCAGUUAGGGUUGUACGGGAUGAGGCUGAGCUGGCUUUGCCGAUGGGGGAGCUGGUGCGUGGGGGUGAGCGGAUUGUGGUUUUCUUGGAGGAUAACAGACAUGCGGCGCGGAGGAUUAGGGAGUUGGGGGAGUUGAAUAUCCUUCACGUCAACUGUGGGCUAUUACCUUCUAGCGAAGCGUCCUGGAAGGACUCUUGGGAUAUCGCGGCUCGAAGUCAAGGGGAGGAUGUGUGGUUCCAUUUACAUGAAAACGUAGGGGUGGCAGAUAUCGAGAAACGGAGAGAAGAAAUCGAACAGUAUUUCUUAGACUUGGGACGCAAGGACGGCAGCGAUAGAACAGCUCGUGUAAAACACACGGAGCUGGUUAAGACGUUUGCGCCGGGAGUCUGGCACUGCGUCUUCGAUCUGCACAUUACAAGAUCUAGUAGUAUAAUAUGAAGGAACAUCGUACACCAUACCCCGUAUGCAUCUGAACACUCCAUUUCAUAACUCGUGUAUAUCCCCUCCUU